AACAUUUAUAACCUUAAAAUGUUUUAAUAACUUACCUUCUGUUUUUGUCAUUUCAGCUUUAAAAAAAUUGUGUAUUUCUAAAACAUUUUUUGUGGGAAUCUUAUUUAUUCCCCAAAACUAUCACAUUGUGUCUUACUUUAUUCAAAUUACAAUUUAAUAUUUUUUUCACAAAAGGUGUAUUUAACUCAAUCUUUUUCCUUUUAACUGGAGUUGUCACUUUACUUGCCACCAUCAUGCCACUGGUUGUCAUGUGUGGGGGACCAUGCACAGGGAAAACAACAAGAUGUGGAGAAUUGAAUAAAUACCUCAACCAACAUCAUCCUGAUGUUAAUGUUGUUGUUGCAAGCGAUUUAAAUAUUGUUCGAGAUUCUGUUUUUGCCGAUUCUCGGAAAGAGAUUGAAACAAGAGGCGCGCUUAAAUCAGCAGUUGAACGAGAUGUUUCCGAUAAAAACGUUGUUAUUGUCGAUUCAAUGAAUUAUAUUAAAGGGUUUAGAUAUGAAUUACACUGUGUGUCGAAAUAUGGGCGAACCACGUAUUGCGUAAUUCAUUGCGCUGCUUCUAUUCAACAAAUCUAUCAAUUCAAUGAACAAAAAAAAGAUGGAGAAAAAUAUUCAAAAGAAAUAUUGGACGGUUUAAUGCAGAGGUUUGAGGCUCCUAACUCCAUGUCACGAUGGGACUCACCAUUGUUUACCAUCAACCCUGAUGAUAAACUACCCUCGCAAGACAUAUGUGAUGCUAUAUUUAAAACUAAGAAGCAGAAGCCGAACCUUUCCACACAGAAUCCCCCUCUUAUGUCGCCUACGUUCGUUUACGAAGCAGAUAAGAUGCUACAGAGCAUCGGAGCUUCAAUUCUCGCCUCCCAGAAAACCUCCGGACCCGGUGAUGUUGUUUCACUCCCGGACACAAACGAAACUUACACGAUCUCGGAUAAACUAUCAGUAGCUGACAUGCGUCGUCAACGGAAACAAUUCCUUAUUUAUCUUCGAGCGAACCCGGUGUCUGACAUCAAACAAGUCCCGAAGAUGUUUCUGUAUUUUUUGUCAAAUUCUGUCUCAUGAUAAACCUUGAAGAUAACAUGCAGAUAAUAUUAUCUUCAAGUAUGCUGCUGCAUCAAGAUAUUAUGUUACUGCUGCAAACAUGAUGUAUUUAUUGGAGAAUUAAUCUUCUGUCCCACAACAAGUUUAAGAAGGUUUUUUAAUAAAAAUGAAUAUUUAAUAAAAUCUACAGAUUUUAACUUGGUAAAAGUUUUUUUUUAAUAAUAAGACUGAAAAAUAUUCUUUGAAAGAUUUAGGGAAAGAAAGUGAAUUAUAAUUAAUAGAUUAUGUUUCUGCAUUUUACUAUAUCAUUUUGAAUAGGUUUUAAAUGUGACGUAUCAAGGCCUGUUUACAUUUCAUAGAACUGCCUUUUUAAAUGUAAAUAGUGAAGUGUUAUUUAAAUACAUCUUAACUUCUUUAAAACCUGUCAGAAGUGUAGUGUCUGAAUAUGUGAAGUCAUAUGGCAACACACUGGAAUCGGACCAGAGUUGGGCCAUUACUCAAAGUAUAGCAACAGUUUUUAUCAAA